GAAGCCAUGAAGAAACGUAAUGGAAAACAUGGCGGCGCCUAUGUGGACAUAUGUUUGGUAAAUAGAGUACAGAUACAAAAAUCUUUAGACACACGAACCGACAGUUGAUGUGAGGAUGUGGACGAGCGGUAAGACAGCAGCAGCUUCUCUUAACCUCCUCCACCGGUUCCAGCGCUGCUGUGUGCGGACAGGGUGGAGGACGAGGAAUGACGGGCGACAGCGGCGGCUCAUGUCCUCAGCGGGGCCCCCUUGGAGGCUCUUGUUCUUUGGCUCUGAUCAUUUCGCUGUGGAAUCUCUUAAACUCCUCACAUCCAGCAGGAGCUCCCGGGAUGGGGUAGUGGAGUCCCUUGAAGUUGUUACUCUGUCUGGUGAAGUCCCAGUCAAGAGGUUUGCUCAGCAGAACCACCUUCCAGUCCACAGCUGGCCGCCUGACAAUGUGGAUGGACGGUUUGAUGUUGGGGUGGUGGUGUCUUUUGGCUGUUUACUCCCUGAGAGACUGAUCAACAAGUUUCCACACGGGAUUUUAAAUGUUCACCCCAGCCUGCUGCCAAGGUGGCGAGGUCCAGCACCCGUCUUCCACACCAUCAUUCAUGGUGACACUGUGACGGGAGUCACCAUCAUGCAGAUCCGCCCUCACAGGUUUGACGUGGGCCCCAUUCUCAACCAGGAGUUCCAUCAGGUCCAUGAGAACUGCACUGCUGAAGAGCUUGGAGCUGCCCUAGCCACAAAGGGAGCACAUCUGCUGAUUGAUACAUUGAUGACACUGUCUGACAGAAGGGCACAUAAAAGGGAGCAAGGACAGACGGGUGCGACAUUUGCCCCAAAAAUCACUGUGUCCAUGAGCUGGGUGGUGUGGGAGGAACAGACUUGUGACCAAAUUAGUCGCCUGUAUCGUGCCAUUGGAUCCCGGGUUCCUUUGAGGACCACAUGGAUGGGCAGGACAAUAAAACUUCUGGAUUUUGUAGGAAAAUGUAACAUUUCGUUAUGUGAUCCAAGGAGGAAUCCAGUUCCUGGCUCAGUGCACUAUCAGAAGGAGUCCGAUACUCUGGCUGUCUGCUGUAAGGAUGGCUGGGUGGGAUUCAAGACAGUGGUCCUGAAGAAAAGGCUGACAGCAGCUGACUUCUACAAUGGCUACCUGCAUCAGACAUCUGGAGGAGUGUUUGUCAGUAGAAAAGGAGGAAGUGAAGCACAUCAGAAGAGCCAGAAGUCAAUGUUGUGAUGCAACAGCUAUUAUUUUCUUCCUUGAUUUGAACACUGCAGACAUGACAUCCCCAAAUAGAAUUUAGUUAAUUUGUUACUCUUGUCUGUUUUAAGACAUCCAUAUGUAUAGUACAUUUACUAUAUUACAGCAUUAGUACUGUAUACUUGAAAUAAAUGUGCUGUUGACAGAUACCAACAAUU